AUGCCUGUUGCUAAAAUUGGAAAAAGAAUCGAAGUUAGGGAAAACCCUGUUGAAUAUUCAGGGGAUGAUUAUAGAGAAAAGAAAGGUGCAAAUGAAGUGAUUACUUUGAGAUCAAUGGAUUCCUCUUCCGAUGAAGAAUCUUUACUGUCUAAAAAUCCCUUUUUAGAUCCUAAAGUUGUAGAAUAUUAUCGUCAAGUUUAUUCGGCUGCUCAUUAUGAAAGUUAUGAAGCUUUUGAUCCAAACUUUACAUGGACUCAAGAAGAAGAAAAUAAAUUACUUAGAAAAUUAAACAUAAGAGUCGCCUUGGCUGCCUGUGUUUUAUUCGUUAGUUUACAAGUUGAUAGAGGUAAUUUAGCUCAAGCUGUCACUGACAAUAUGCUUCCAGAGCUUGGAUUAACUACUGAUAACUAUAAUACUGGAAAUACUAUAGCCUUGGUUACAUUCUUAUUAGCUGAAGUGCCAUCCCAAUUGAUUUCUAAGAGACUUGGUCCCGAUAUUUUCAUUCCUAUUCAAAUUGUUAUUUGGAGUAUUGUUGCUACUUCACAAGCAGCUUUAAAAGGAAAGGCUUCUUUCUAUGCUACUAGAGGUAUCAUUGGUGCUUUACAAGGUGGUUUUAUUGCCGAUUUAGUAUUAUGGUUGAGUUACUUCUUUACCAGUAAGGAGUUAUCUACCAGAUUAUCUUGGUUUUGGACUACAUUGUCUCUCGUCACUAUUUUCACAUCUAUUUUGGCAUUCGGUAUAUUACGAUUAGGUGGUAAAGGUGGGUUAUCAGGUUGGAGAUGGUUGUUUUUGAUCGAGGGUCUUUUCACUUUUGUUAUUGGUGUUUUAUCAUUUUAUCUUAUGGUUCCAUCUGCUGUUCAAACUAAGAAUAAAUUGCAUCCAAAAGGUUGGUUCACCGACAGAGAAGUGAAGAUUGUCGUUAAUCGUGUUUUGAGAGAUGAUCCUAGUAAGGGAACUAUGCACAACCGUCAAGCUUUAGGUUUCAAAAUGAUCUUUAAGAGUUUAAUGGAUUAUGAUCUUUGGCCUAUUUAUGCUAUUGGUCUUCUUGCCUAUAUUGGUCAAGGUACAUUUACUGCUUAUUUUGGUCUUUUAAAUAAGCAAUUAGGUUUCAAUACUUUCACUACCAAUAUUUUGACCGUUCCAACUAAUGUUAUUCAUAUCAUUCUAUUGUUAUUUAUCACUUGGUUAUCAGAAUUCCUUAAUGAAAGAUCUUUAACUUGUACACUUGCUCCAAUUUACACAGUACCAAUAAUUGCUGCUAUUAGAUGGUGGCCAGGCUCUGGUAAGGAAAAAUGGACAUCAUAUGUCUUGAAUACUUUAUACUUAGGUCAGCCAUAUAUUCAUGCAAUUUGUGUUUCUUGGGCAUCACGUAACUCAAAUUCUGUUAGAACUAGAUCUAUUAGUUCAGCUGUUUACAAUAUGUUUUGCCAACUUGGUAAUGUUGCAGCAGCUAAUAUCUAUAGAACGGAUGAUUUACCACUUUAUCAUAGAGGAAAUAUGCAAUUGGUUUUUAUUGGAGCUGCAUUAAUCCCAUUGUUAAUUUUAACCAAGAUUUAUUACGUUUGGAGAAAUAAUAAGAGAGACAAGCUUUGGAAUGCUUUGUCUCCAGAAGAAAGAGAAGAUUAUAUUACAAACACCAAUGAUGAAGGUAAUAAAAGGUUGGAUUUCAGAUUCGAUCAUUGA